CAAAAUUAUUAACCCAUUCAAUACUUUAUUAUUUUUCAUUCAAAACGUAGCCUUGAAAAAAAAAAAAAACAUUACCAAAGCAUUAUAGAUAUUUACCAUAGUUUUUGGUCCCUUUGAAAAUGUACAAAAUAUGUUACCACAUCGCUCUGCUGUAAUUGAGGGGAUGAAUAUAGAACGAAAGUAAAAGGCAGUUCGGAGCAGUUCAGGGCAACCCAGGUGGCAAGCUGUCGUGCGGGUGAACGUCGGCGUCCCGCGAUGGACUCGUGCAAGGACAGGAAAGCGUGUGCCAAGACUGCAUCAUCGAAGGUGGAUAAGAAGGCAGUUCCACCUGAGUUCCCCCACCUGAUGAAUGCAUCAGCUGCUAUACCAGAUGUACUUGCGAAGCCACCACGCUACAACAUCAGGACACCGAUGAUGAGAACAUCACCCUCGGUGGAGGACAUGGCGUGUGGAGAAACAGUCGACAAGAGAGACGUGCCAGAGCUCCCCCUCCUUCCCGACACGACAGUCGCCGUGCCAGGUACCGUGCCAGGUACCGUGGUCGCAGCGAGUUGAGACUGUCCCACAUGGAAGGAGCGAGGUGGGGCGAGACAUUAGACGAGGGUUCGAGUCCCAGCCCAGCCAUCUGGAACAAGGACGCACGCAAGAAGGAAGGGGGGGGGGAGGGUUAUCGCGCCCCCUCGCCCCUCCACAAUCCUAAGAAAUUCUUAAAAAUCUAUCAUUCCCACCAACAAAAGGAAAGAAUUUGAAACCCAACGGCAGACAAGGAGGUUCUUUCCCCCAAUCUUCCCCUGAAAUGAAAUUUUGCUACACUCCUGAUCUUGAUUACAAUUUCCCAUGAUUUCAAAAAUCACUCCAGGCAUAUCAUAUGUUUUAUUUAUUUAUUUAUAUUUUUAUAAUGGAACAUGGUGAUUCCUACCCUAAUUACACUGAUUUAUGUUGUAUGUUUUUCUGUCUUAUAGCCUUGUUGUCGAUAAGAAGUGCUUGAUUCAAAGAUAUCGCUAUGCGCAGCUUUACUACACUUAUUCGGGAAUAUUGUUAUUAUGUUUUGUACAUACAUGAUGUCCACCUAAUUUUGGGAUUUGGAAUUGUCCUGCCAUUCUGUACGUACACACACACUCACGGAUACACACACGUACACACUCAAGUGCACACAAGCACACAUACGCACGUUGAAGUACCCGCGUUGCACGGGCUAAACAUAUCAUAAUAUAAGAAACAGCACUACGGAGUUUCAAUACUGUAAGACAUACACUUAGAAAAACGGGAAAUUUUGAUUUUAAAGUCCCAUUGAUUGCACAAUUUCGGUGCAUCGAGACUACGCAUCAGCUAUAUCCUGCUAUCUGGUCUGUAAUGGGGAAAAAAACCAUCCCACUUCUUAUGAAUGCUCAAUAAUUGUAUUAUUCUGCAUGGUUAUUUUAUAAUUUUUAUUGAAUGAUGUCACUUAUCAGUUAAAAUAUUACAAAUGUUAAAACAUUUUUUUUUAGUUCAAUUGUGUAUUUUAUGAAGUAAGUUUAAUACAGCUCCGCUGAGAACAAUAUUUACGGUUUGAUUCAUCUUCGUGACUAUUUAAAACAUUACAUUUGAUAUUUGCUUCACAUCAAAAAACUGGUAUUGGUACAAGCCUAUUAACAGUAUAUUGUGUUUGUAGCUUGCCCUUCUCACUAUUUACGGAGGUACUAAAAACUCAUAUUGGUCAAUUUACUUACCCAAUCCAUAUUACAUUAUCAUUUUUUUUUUUUCCUUGAAAAUGUUUCAGUUAGCUCAUUUCAUAUUUGUCGAUUUUGUUACUUAUAUAGAAUUUUAAACCAUUUAGUAGAUAAAAUAAUUACAAUACAGUUUGUCAGUUUCUGCUUGUUUGGAUUUGAUGUGAAUUUAACAUUGAGUUAAAAUUUUAUUUGUGAAUGUCCCUUUAUCCCUUUCCCCUUUUGAAGUUCCCGAUCGCACCUGCUUCAAGUAGGAAACAAUAAAAAAAAUAUGUGUAUGUGUUAAUUUUUGUAGUAUCUUUACAUCUAUUGUAGAUGUCCCUGCAAAUCCAUGGAAGUGCAGUAUUCACACACCCAUGAAGGAGACAGCCCAGAAGUGUGGAAGACUUCUGCAAGAACCUCACCAAAACCAGGAAUCGUGCAAGCACAGAUCAUAAUCAGUGGCUGUGUUUUUCGGAUGCUCUGAAGCACAGAUUCUUCUAAACAGAAAGCACACCAUGCCACGCUGAGCAGGACUGUUCUACAGUUGUUUAUUAUUGUUGAAUCAAAAUAAGUAGUAGUCUAUCUGCAGUGAGUUUCCGUAAAAUUUUUAUAGGGCAUUCUUGAGGUGACACUUAUUACAAUAAACAUUUCUGCUGAACUUGUCAUUACUUUUUUUUCCCCUUUAUUUGAAUAUAAUGAUAUGUUGGUAUUUGCAAUGGCUUUCUUGUGCUGGUUUUAUUUUUUCAAAGGUCCAGCUUGUGAAAGAAUAAUAAAAGUAGACAAAAGAUACUAGAAUUUUAAACUUGAGGUGGAAACAAGCUGAACUGAAAAUUGACAUAGAAUUUUAGAGAGAAAAAAAUUUAAUGUAUUAAAGUUUUGUUUGUUACUAGGAAAAAUAGGUGUUUAAUAGACAAAUUAAAGUUUCUUCCUCUCUGUAAUGAUGUACCUAUGGCAUUGAAAUGUGAGGUACAGUAGAACCCCGAUUUAACGAAGUGCUAUGGUUACCGAAAAUGUUUACUCUAAAUCGAUGUUUCGUUAAAUCCGAUUUACCGAUUUUCAAUGACCCCCACACUCAUAAUCGCGUCCUUACGUUUCCACAUCGUAGACAGGGUCGACGCUGAUAUCUUGUGCUGCCGUGCUAUCUCAGACUUCGUCAACUUUCCAUCAUAAAAGUUUUUGAUCUCGCUCGUACGGCCCCCGGUUCGUACGUACACCUCGGUCGUACAUACAGAUUUUCAGAAAUCGUGGAAAAAAGUUUAAAAAUAUGUAAAGUGUAAGAAAUACGUUAAAGUUUAUUAAAAUACAGUCCCAACCUGCAGCGUUUAUAACAAAUACGAGCUACAUACACACUGCGUCACAGUAAAAAAUUGCAGCAAAUACCGUCAAUAGCGCGCCGUACGCGGAGAAAUGUCAUUGUACUCGGUCAGCUGCUGUUACGGCGCGGCAUAGCCGCCGGCUGACUCUUUGUUCGCUGAGCUGCGGAGCACUUAUAAAAAACGUAUUCCAAAAACUAAACACCACGCACAAAGCUCUUACUGAGAAUAAUAGAGCUGUAGCAAACCAUAUGUAUUCGGUACUGAGUAACGGGUGCGCCAUCUAGUAACAAGUAACGAAACGUUACACACGGCUGCAUCUCGUUUAUCGCAUUUUUCGUAUGUUUCACGCAUGCGCGCGCAUAUUCGAUGAAUUUGCGUUACAAAGAACGAUGUUUGUUUAUUAAGUAAAAUAUAAUUUGGAAAUUCAUCGUCAAAGUUUUUUUUACUGUUUAUUAAAGGUAUUGUGUGUGUAGACAAAGUUUGAGAUUGGAAAAGAGACAACGUAAGAAAGUAUUGUUUACAAAUUAGAAAUAUGUAUGUUUGUUUUUUAUCGCGUAUUUUCAUGUUUUUUUGUUAUCUUAAAAGAGAUAAUAUAAAAAAGCCGCUCUAAUGAGAUUUAAUUGUUUCUUGGUUAACAAAAACUGUUAAUUAUCAAAUAUUGUUAAUUGUUUAUAUUCUAUUUAUUAUUAUUUACGCGACGCCAUACUGUACGCGUACGCAAUACGACUCGAUUCGUUGCUGCAACAUAACAUAGCAUGUUAUGCAGUAUCAGAAUUAACGAGUAAUGUAACGUGAUACGAUAGUAACGAGUACUAAUUGUUGUAGUAACGAAUACAUAAGGGUACGCUUUAUUUUCGUUACUUUUACACCUCUAGAGAAUAAUGAUAAUGGCAUAUUGGUGUGACGUGGUCACAAGUUGAAAAAACCUGGAGGAUGGGAAAGGGAAUAUUUGGAAACGUGUGAUUAUUGGCUAGCACUGUUACUAUGCGGGCAUGUUUGGAAGAUAACAUGGUGAGUCAAGCAAGGUAAAGUAGUGGGGGAGGGGGACGCGGACAAAGAAACCCUUCAUGUCUAGUGUCGCGGACAGUCUAUCUAUCCAGGCGCGCGCAAUGGCACGCACCUACGCAAUUCAGUUACAGCACCCGGAGUUUUUAAGCAAUUUGAACAAUUUUUUUAAUUUUUUCGUAUUUGGACAGAUAAUGCAAAGGCACAUAUUAAUAUAUAGUACCUCCAUUCUAUUACUGACACCACAGAGAUAAGAUUCCAUUACUAUUUACUUUCAUUUUUUGUAAAUCUAUAUUAUAAUUUUAAUAAAUUGGUGUUUUUUGAUGGUUCCUGAAAACCUUUACGUUAAAUCGCUGUUUUCGUUAAAUCCGUGUUCGCAAAAUCAGGGUUCUACUGUAAUGCAGUGAGAUUUAAAAAAAAUAUUUAAAUUACGAAAAAGAUCUGCGAAUCCUAUAAUGAAAAAAGUUAUAAUAUAUCAUCUCACCGCAACACAAAAUUUAAACAACGUAAAAUCUUUAUUCAUGGUUGUAUAUAUAUACCUAUUUAGACUCUUAUUUAUUCAUGUAGAAACAAAAACAAACUAUUUUUCAGUGCGUGUGUGUGUUGAGACAUAAAACACCAGGAAUUCUAAAUACUUGAAAUCAGCAAAACAUGAAAAUUUGAAAAAUAUAUAAUUUGCAUGGGCAUAAAACUUGUUACGUUACAGGUUGGCACCGCUAAGCAACGCAGAAUAGUAAUAAGACACUUUAUAACCACUGGAGUGUUUAUGAUGUUUUUUUUACGAUGAUUUUGAAGUUACGUUUUUAUGUUCUUCCUUUUACCAACAUUGAUGAUUAAUUUAUUAUUCUUUACAUCUAGAAGAUUUUCUACUAGAAAUUUUUAAAUAAAAUUUCUUUUGCACAGUCUUAUUAUGAUUUUUUUAUUAUGUUUUUUUUUUCCAAACAACACAUGGAUCACAACUUACAUAUGUCCAGGUAAUUUUCUGCACAUAUUCACUGUAACGCGUCACUCGAUUAAAAAAAAAAAAAUCCUUAAGUUCCUUUGUUAACUUGUAAUGAGGGUAAAAUGUCCUGCGGAUAUGUCCCGGGAGGGUGACGACAAUUACCCUGGGCCAAUGCUGAUGCCUGUGCUCUGCAAAGUAGGAAUUUUCUUGGCACAGUUUCACAGUUUCACAAUUUUUAUUUAUUCAUGUUUUUUGACGAGCAUCAAGAGGUUAAUCUCUAAUUUUCUUUAAUUUAUGUACCACAUUGAGCUCUUACAAUUCAAACUUUAACCAGUCGGUCUGACCGCAGUGGCCGGACUCUUCACGCCGUUAUUAAAGCAAAAAGCAGCAUUUACAAAUCAUUAAAGUUUGAUUCAAAGUGUCUGAUAAGUAGCAUUUAAGAGCCAUUACCUUUGCCUUUACAAGUUUUGUUUUGUGGUUUCAUUCUUUUGAUAGCAAAAAAAAAAAAAAAAACAGCAAAAACAAAUGUUUAUAAAUUUUUUUUUUUUUUUUGAAAAUUAAAAUUGUGCAUGUACUUAUGUAAGUGUGUUAGAAAUUGUAUAUUUUUUUUUAUUAAUGCAUUAAAGAAAGAAUAAUAUUUACAGAAUAAUGGACAUUGAGUUAAUUUUGGUAUAUCCAUACUAAUAAUAAAACUGUUCGUGGUGAAAAAUCAGAACAUUACAUGGAUUUAUAAAAAUAAACCAUUGGAAAUGGCUAUUUGCAUUUUACAAACCCAAACAUUUGAAAUUUAUUUUCUGUCUGUCUAUUUUUUAUCUGUUUAUUCUAGCGUCACUCAAAAGUUACUUAACGGAUACCAAUUAAAUUUUUUUGUUAGUAAGGUCUUCAGUUAACUCCAAAACUAGGCUGUAUAUAAUUUUAAAAAUUCCUAUCUAAAGAAGUGAAAAAGGGGUGAAAAUGGUAGAAUAUAGUAGUUAAUCAUGUCUCCGAAUCUAGUCGUGCAUAAGAAAAGAUAUUGGGUAUCAAUACAAAACGUUUUGUUUUAAUUUUGCGAUAUUCUGCCCCUAAAUGGUGUAAAAAGGUAAGUUUAAUUUUAAGAUGAAAGAUGCAUACUUCCUUAUCUACUAAAACUAGGGGUAAGAAACUAAGACUGAACAACAUACAUAUACAGUUAAGUAUAAUUUUUUUCCAUUUAUCAAAAUUGAACCAUUAAGAGAAAAUGUAUAAGUUUUGCUUUAUUUUAAUAUCAUCGCUUAAGAAGCAACACUGCCUGAGAUUUUUUUUUGAAAAUUGAUUUUUUGUUUCAUCAUGGAAACUUACACGUUUAACAUCUUUUCAUUCGGUACUGAACACUUUCUACUGAUUAAAUAUGUAAAUCUAAAAUGUUAACAACUUUUUGCAUUAUGUUUGCAAUUGGCAAAACUUUUUUUUAGCUCUUAUGAAAAUUUUUGCCUUUUGUCACAAAAGUGGUUUUGUUUCUUAAGCAACGAUAUGUAGUGUAGGGAUAUGCAAGGUAUAGCUUACAGAUUCUCCCCCUGCAAUGAUAGGGUCGACACUAGUUUCAUUGAGGCACCGAUGUGAAGACUGCUCGCUAGUCGGUGCCUGGCGCAUAGGCGAAGAGGCAUGUGUCGUCCUUAGCCUACCCAUGCUUUUAGAACUCUUGUGUAUGUGGAAAACAGUUGAGUCUAAGAGGCCAUCGAGAGAAACCACGGGUCUGGAGACAUUAAGUAUGUGUUGAACAACUUUUCAAAUGCAACAGUUAAAAAAAAAAAAAUGUUGGCGAGUCUUUAAGUACUUGCCAGUGAUGUGUAACAUUUAACCUCGGUAACGAGAGCAAAUUCAUGUGUUCUCAUGUUGCAGAUGCACUUAUAAUACAAAACUAGGACACAAAAUUUAAUGUAGAAUACUUAAAAAUAAUUCAGAUCGUGAUAAAUAUUAUAAAAUUGUGUUUUCAACUACAUUUCUUGAUGUAAAUCACAUGUUUCUACACCCUCUGCUAGAAUUCGCUGCCGGGGCAGCUAUGUCGACUAUCAAAUCAUUCUAUUUGCAGACAGAAAUUUUAAACCUUACAAUGAAACAACUCCAGUAAAAGUGAAAAAGACUUGAAAAAAAAUACAAAACCCCAGCUUUAGAUCUGCUUUACUAAAAAAUACUGCCAAUCUUGUAAAAAUAUGUAUUAAACAGUUAAUUUUAUGAAUUUUCCCUUUGGCUUUGCACCAUUCGGGAUGAAAGCAAUACCAUCUGUACACAUUUCCGUUUCUUUACUUUAGUUCCAAUCAUGAAAUUACUCCUACCAAACGUGCAUAUAAAAUUACUUGUAAGGUUUCCUAUGAGUUCUGUUAACAAUAUUCUUGUAACUUUUCAUCCUGAAAGGGAGAACCCAAGCUUUAAAAAAGUCUUGAAACUGAACCAUUACCCCCUUGGUGCCGGGUCGCUAAGAGUUCCUCUACACCCCCCCCCCCCUCCUCCCCAAUCACCGGUUCCUCUUUCUGACCUUUUUUCUUGUCUGCUCUAGAGUCUAGCUUGGAGCAAAAGUAAUCUGCAAAAAAAAUUGUGGCUCUAGACAUGAAAUAUAAUACACUUUAUUUAACACAAAAAACCGGGUUGAGUUCAUAAAGGCUCUAAAUGCAAUGGUUGACCUUCGAACAUCUCACAAAGCGAUGUUUACACAGUGGUAACUGGGCACUGUACUCAUUACCCAGAGGACCCGGGUUCAAAUCCAUUUUCAGCUGUCUUGAUUAUGUUUUCCUGUGGUUUUUCUGUUUUUCACAACUAUUACAAGUCCUAUUUUGUGACGAUUUUUUAGCUUUUUCUCUGUUCAAAAGUUGUUCAGACCUUUAAAUUUACCUUAAUUGUGUGGCUGAAUUUUUGACGAGACACUAUGCCAAAUAACUAAAUAAAUUUGAGUGUUGUUUCUAAAAUUCCAUGGUUGAUGGAUGACCAAAAUUUUCUAAGCACUAAUUGAUAGUGCACAUUCUGUUUAAAUUAUUUAUUGGAUAAUUAUUUUGCUAGGUUCUCCUCUGUCAUCUUCUAAAACUGUUUCUCAUCACAUGUCUUUACCAUUAUUUAUUCAGUCUAUUUUCCAAGAUGUUCCAGAGAAAUUGUUUUUGAGCCCUUUCUAUUCCUAAUAAUUUCUGUAUGUGUCUACGGCUAAAUUUUCCUCCCCACCCUUUUUCCUUUUUUUUUUUUUUUUUUUUACUUUCUCUUAUAAUAAAUUUUUUUGUGCAUCAGCAAGCAACAAUAAAUAAACAAACACCUAACACAGUGCACUGUCACUGUUUGCAUUGUUAACGGAACGAAAUAACGCUUACAUUGUUGGCUUCAUGUUUCCCCAGCAAAGAAGAAAAAAUUCUCAAUUGGAAUUCAGAGACUGAAGUGAGAACACCACCUCCAGCUCACAGCUCCAGAAAAUUAAUGAGUGGUUAACACGAAGCGAGGUCCAUAGACACCCAGCAUCACCCAGGAGUGAACUGAAGUUGCUGACAGAUCUACCAGAGAGCGCUGCAGUUCUCUGCCCACGAUGAAGUCGGCUCAUUGUUCAAACGACUCAUCGAAGUCUGCGGCGCGUUGUUCGGGCACGGGGUCGCUCGCCUCGCAGAUCCAGGGGCUGCUGUCGGAGUGCUGCGGCCAGCAGAACCAGAACCAGCAGCCCAGUGCCGCCGCCCCGGCAGCACCGCCGUGCCAGUCGGCGCAGUCGGCACCGCCGGCGGCGACCUCUCUGCAUUUCCGCAUCGACCCGUGCCAGCUGCUGGCCCAGUGCCUGGCGGCGCAGAACAACGGCAACGGCGGCGCGUGUCCCCCCCCGCAGGCGCAGCAGCAAGGCGCGUGCGCGCAGACGCAAGCGGAGUCCCCGCCACAGGCAGUGCGCGUCUGCUCGCAGGUGCAGAUGUGCAUCCAGAUGCCGGCCGCCCCGCCCCCAGCCCAAGCGCCUGCCCCUGUUUCUGCUCCGAAAUCUGGCGGUGGACAAGGGAACGUGCUCGAAGACCUUAGAAAAAACAUCCUGGCGCUGAAGGAGCAGGUGUCGAAGGUGCUGGAGAGCCUGACGGCCUCGCACCGGCACUACUGCGAGGAGGUGGAGGUGGAGAAGCAGCGUCGGGACUCGGUGCUGGGCCGGGUCUGCUCGCUGAACCGCACGCUGCAGUCGCUGCAGGAGGCGCGCAUGCGCGGCCCAGUGCGCGAGGAGGUGGUGUGCGUGCGGGGCGACCCCCGGGCCGAGGCGGCGGCGGCGGUGGCGGCGGCCGAGGGACAGGCGGCGGGGGUCGUCCAGUGGCAGCUGGGGGCGGAGCAGCGCCCCGACCCCUGCGGCCCGCCGGACAGCGACGACGAGGGGCCCGGCGCCGGGCCCGUCACGUCGCCCCAGGAGCUGUGCCGGCGCCUGGCCGAGUGGCAGAAGCAGCUGUCGGAGCAGAUGGGCGGGGGAGCAGGGGCGCCCGCCGCCGCCGCUCCCCCCCAGCAGCAGCAGUUCCGCAGCUGCAGCUCCAUGCGCGUCGAGUCCUGCGGCCAGCGCUAGGGACCAGCCUCCUGCUGUGAAACACCUACAAAUCACCGGAUGCAUUAAAUGACUUAUUUCAAGCUCAAGUUCCAAUCAUUUAUGUGAAGGGUUUUGAUCUAUAACGUUGACCGUCACAAUGUUAGGUACAGAGGCUUAUACCCGGGCACACACACACGGUGUGCAGAGCUUCAGAAGGAACUACACAAUUUUAAAACUGCUUUGUGAUAUCAGAGUGGUUUAUUUCUAUGAAAAGCAUUUAAGAAUGCUCUGAGGGUAAUCGGUAGAUGUAGUUUCCGAAUUUUGUUUUCUAAACUGUAGUUUGAGGAGAGUGAAGAGGGCUAAAACAUUUGUUUUCAAAACAUUUUUUUUUUAAGAAUGAACCACCUGGUACAGAUACUUGAAAGCAUUCAGGGGCCUUGCUUUGUAUCUUUAUCUUCAUUUCUCAGCCAUAAAAUGUUAUGGUUAUCGCUCGAGUAUCAUAGUUGUCCUACACGCAACGGGAAGACUGCGCGCUAGUUCACAGCCUUGCGCUUCUAGCGACACCGCGCUGGAAGCACCAGCGGGCGUCGCACUUAUAAUCCCGUCUCACUAACAUACACCGCUGACUAGACGUGCCUGUAAAGGUACUUGUAUAUCAACUGUGCUCAUGCUGAGUCGUGCUGGAUGUUGGGAUUGAACUCGGCCUCCGAAGACUCUUAAUGUAAAGGGUUAGUGUACUUUGUGAAAUAUGGGCUAAGGGGUGUGGGAUAACCUGUGAUGCAGUACUCGCUGAAAGUCUUCCAGGCAUGCAGCAAACAUUUAAAGGACCAAGGCUUUGAAAUGUAAGUUAU